AUGCAGCUAUGUCCUCCUGCCAUGAUGAUUGAAAUCGUAAUUGGAUCCGAGAGCAUAUACCGGCUUGAAGUAGAGAUUGCAGCCACCGUCUCUCGCGGUAAAAAAUUUUUUGCUUCAAUUUAUGACAAGCUAACCAUCUUUAUGAAGGUUAUGAACAAGCAAAUACAUAAAUCUAUAGAAGAUUUAAAAAUCAAUCGUGAUAAAUUCAAAAAUAGAGUUAAAGAACUAGAGAUUGCAUUUGAAUUGUGCAAGGAUUCAUACAAAGCAAAAACCAAUACAUGGUCGCCAGAAUUCUGUUACGCAGCCCAAGAUCUUGUAGUUGAUCUACAGCAGAACCUUAACGUUACUUAUCAAUUAUGGAAGGAAAGAUUUGAAGAACUCAUUAAUGGAUUAGAGAAACUACCAAAUAAUAAAACGAUAAAAAGGAAGAACGAAAAUAUAAGAUCGAGUGUUAAGAUUUCUCAGCUAUCGAAUUACUCGAAUACAGAUAAGGAUUUUAGAUCUAGAGUCAACACAUUAUCAACAGUAAAAUCUGCAGCCGACUUUCGCGAUCAUGUUCAAUCCGAAAAAUCAUUUAUGACUAAUGAAACCCCCUAUAUGGUAAAAAGCGGUCCAAGUAAACUAUCAAUCAACCUGAAUAGAAGCUUAUCACUGCCAGAUAUAACAAAGCUAGAAUCUAAUGAUAAAUGUUCAAAUUUUAAAAUUGCUUCUAACGGUGAUUUGAAUGACAUCGUGCAUUCGUGUAGCAUAGAAUGUAUAUGUUGUAAUCCUUCACAAUCUAUUGAUGUAAACGAAAAUCAAGAGACUAGUCCCUUUACAGAAGACUGCGUAGACUUCAGGCCAGAAAUUGAGUUUGAUUUCGAUAAGGAUAGCAGUGACAACUCUAUACCAUUUACGAGCCAGCAACUGGAGAGUUCUGUGCAAUCAUCACGGAAGGACAAUUAUGACGAAUUGGAUGAAAAACAAACUCAAUCGUUAGAUGUCAAUCAAUCCGUCGAAAUAAAGAAAGGAAUUUCGGCAAAUGCUAUUAGAUUGCAAAUGCAUUUGAAUCCUCCUGUGUAA